AUGAAAAUCAAAGUAGUUCAUAAUAACGAGAUCCAUCUCUUGAAAUUACAAAACCCAACACUCUAAGGAAUAAGAGAACACAUCUAAAAAAUAUAUCCCAACAUUGAUUCUAACUUCACACUAGCUUACAAUGACUCAGAAAAUGAUUAAAUAAGUUUAAGUUGUUAAGAAGAUCUGUAGGUUCUUGUUGAUGAAGGAAUAUAAACCAUAAAAAUUUUUGUGGUAAUUUCCUAAAUACCAAAACCAGUUCCUUAAGAAAAAAUGGUUCAUAAACAUCAUACAUGUGAUGGAUGUUAAAUUCAUCCAAUCGUUGGAUCAAGAUUCAAAUGUCUUGAAUGUUGUGAUUAUGAUUUAUGUGAAGAAUGUCAACUCAAAAAUCUUCAUAAUCAUCAUAAGUUCUUUAAGAUAAGUACAGAAUAAGAAUUAGAAUAAUUCAGAAAAGAACAUUAGGGUAAAUUUGGAAAUUGGGGAUUUAGACCUCAUGGACAAGGCCCUCAUGGACAUGGACCACAUGGACAUGGACCACAUGGUCAUGGAUUUCAUGGACAUGAAGCUUUUAAACAAUUUCGAGAAUUGUUCUAAGAUCCUGCUUUUAAAGAUGUUAAACAAACUUUUUGUUCUAUAGCUAAAGAUGUCUUUAGUGCUGUUAAGACUGAGAUUGAGAAACAUAAGAGCUCUUAAUAGUAAUAAUAAUAAGAGAAACCUUAAGAAGAAUGUAAUGUAGAUGAAAACUUAAAAACUUAAUAAGAAACUUAAUAAGAAAAAUAAUAAGAAACUUAAUAAGAAAAUACUAAUCAAUAAACUGAUUGUAAAGUAUAAGAAGAAAUUGAAUUGAAAAUAAAGAACUUGAUUUAAAUUUUGUAGUGUGAUGAGAAAGUAGCAAGAGAGUAUGUUGAAUACUUUAAGGAUUUAUCAUUGGAUGGAAUUGUUGAAAUCAUAUUAGAUAAAUAAUGA